AUGACACCCAUGGGCAUGACCAUGGCCAUUGACGAUGUCCCAUACCACGUUCCCGUCGAACCAGUCGGGAAGCUGUCGUCUUGCGCCGGCCUCCAGGGCAUUCCUGGCUCAUACGAUCUUACUCCUAUCACUAUAUUCGACGUGCACCAAGCAAAUUGUAGUGUUGAAACACUGAGUCAGUUCGUGGCCGACUAUCUGGAGAAGGACGAUGUCUUCAACGAGGGAUUUCUUCAGGGGGUCUACUUUCGCAACAACGACGUCAAUGUUACGAUACCAGACAUAGCCGCUCAUCCGAAUAUCACUUGUAUCAAGGCGAUAACGACUGCCAUGCUGGAUAUUCCCGCUGGUCCCUACGUCUUGUCUCAGUCUACUGGCGAGGUUUACAUGCCUUACCGACUCUACUCAGACACCAUGGGGGCAUUUCACCAGGGUGUCAUUGCCGCUGCGGAUGGCCAGCACUGGAUUCCGCUCCACUCCGCCGUCGCUGGGUCGUCUGCUGUCACUGUGGGUGUCCCCUCGCGCCUCUAUCACAAGCCCACAGCCGAUAAACCACUGGCUGGUGUCCGCCUUGGUGUCAAAGACCUGUACAAUAUCAAGGGUAUCAAGACAGGCUUAGGCAGCCGUGCCUACUAUGCCGUUUACCCCGAGGCCAAUACUACUGCUGUUCCUGUUCAGCGUCUGGUUGACGCCGGUGCUAUUGUUAUUGGCAAGAUGAAGCUGUCGCAAUUUGCUGCUCCCGAAAACGCUAGGGACGCCAUUGACUAUCUGAUGCCCUUUAACCCGCGCGGCGAUGGCUAUCAGGAAGUAACUUCGUCAUCGUCGGGUCCCGCCGGCGGUAUGGCUUCAUAUGACUGGCUUGAUCUGGCGUUGGCAUCAGAUACAGGCGGUUCGAUCCGCAUCCCUGCCGAGUUCAAUGGCUUAUUUGGCAACCGACCAAGUUACGAUACGGUACCUCUGACCGACGGCGUCCCGCUUGGUCCGCAGUUCGAUACAGCGGGGUUCCUUGUCCGCGAUCCUAAGCUUUGGCAUGCUGCUUCAAAGGUCAUGUACUCUGGUCUAGCCACUGGAUACACAAAGCUACCAAGCAAGAUUGUCACCUAUGAACUACCCACAACCGACACCCCUGAUCUCACAGACGCGCAGAAGCUUGUGGUCCAGUUCGUCGAUAAAGUCAGCAACCAUCUCUCAGCUACAAUAUCAACCUACAAUCUCUCCAAACACUGGGCCGAAACGCGACCAUCAGGCACGCCCGAGAACAACAACGAUUUACUCAACAUAACAUGGCCAAUCCUCGCAGCUCAAGAACAAAUCCGUGGAAUUCGCGACCCUCUGUUCAAGGCAUAUGCCGCCAAAUACGACAGCCGAACCCCCUUUGUCAACGAUUGGACAAACGCCUCAUGGCACUGGGCCUCUCAGUUUCCUGACCUCAUCGACGAAGCCGCCAACAACAAGACAAUAUUUAUGGACUGGUGGAACACCGUCGCUCUUCCCAACAACACGGAUUCUUGCUCCGAAAGUGUGUUUUUGUAUGUUUUCAACGCGGCCCAGCCGACAUAUCGUACCGCAUUGCCUCAAGGCAGCUCGGGGAUUCCCUUGGGGUUGAACACAAUGUUUAUCUCGCCCAUGGCAGGGAACCCAGACUUUGUGGUUCCCAUUGGCCAGGUGAAAUAUUAUAGCAGUAUUUCGCAGCAUGAAGAGGUACUCCCCGUUUCAGUGAGGCUCAUGGCUGCUAGGGGCUGUGACCUUAUGCUGUUGGAUUUGAUCAACGAGCUUGUUGAUGCUGGGAUUGUCCCACAGGUUAAGACUGGGACUAGUGUGCUUGAAGGGGGGGACAUCUAUGUUUAA